UCCCGCCCAUUGGUCUCACCGCCCCUUAAGUACGUUCUGAUUGGUCGCCGUGGCCCGGCCCGGUAUCCGGGUAAGAUGGCCGCAGUCGGUGAGUGCUCGCUGCCCGCUCCGUGGCGGCCGGUCUCCCUCACUCACGUCGAGUAUCCCGCAGGUGAUUUCUCUGGUCAGCUUUUAGCUUAUUUGAGUCUUGGUCCAAUAUUCAUUAUUGUUGGCUUUGUAACGCUCAUCAUAUUCAAGAGAGAGCUUCACACGAUCUCUUUCUUGGGAGGGCUGGCAUUCAACGAGGGAGUGAACUGGUUAAUAAAACAUGUAAUCCGGGAGCCUCGGCCCUGCGAAGAAGCCCAUUCAACAGUGACCACAAAAUAUGGGAUGCCGUCCAGCCACUCCCAAUUCAUGUGGUUUUUCUCUGUCUAUUCCUUUCUGUUCCUUUAUUUAAGAAUGCACCAAACAAACAAUGCGAGGUUUCUGGAUUUACUAUGGCGACAUGUGCUGUCCAUCUGCCUCGUCACAGUGGCUUUGCUAGUCUCAUAUAGUAGGGUUUAUUUGCUUUACCACACCUGGAGCCAAGUCUUGUAUGGAGGUGUGGCAGGAAGCAUUAUGGCUGUAGCCUGGUUUGCCUUCACACAAGAGAUAUUAACUCCUCUCUUCCCAAGGAUAGCUGCAUGGCCAAUUUCAGAGUUCUUUUUAAUCCGAGAUACCAGCCUCAUUCCGAACAUCCUGUGGUUUGAAUACACAGUCACGAGAGCAGAAGCAAGAAACAGACAGCGCAAGCUGGGUACGAAGCUGCAGUGACUCGAAGUGUGGGGACCAGAGAGCGCGUUUUAACGGAGACAGACAGAAGCAGAGACCUGGGAGCAGCAAGGAGCCUUUUAACAGACGGACCAAAGGAACAGGCAGGGACCAUACCCGAAACCUGAAAGCCUUUGCUCUGCUUUAGCAGCUAGCUGGAUGCUCCCUGAUGCAUGUGGGACCGUGCAGGAGUAGAAACUCAUUUUCAACACAGAUGCACAUUGCCGGUUGGAAUGUAACAUCACGUCUACGUCAGGGGCAAAGGGGGGAGAAAAUGCCUGGUGUCAUGUUUGGGGGAGGGAAAACCAAAAAAUGAAUCCUUUCUGUGACUUUUUUUUUUUUUUUAGCUUUUUCCUUUUUUUUUUUUUUUUUUCAGCAUGAAAUAUACACACUAUUUAUUUAUUUUUUUAAAUGGAACUUUUGUUUCUGGGGUGGGUGAGGCCUUGACUGCGUGUUCUGGUUUUGCCUUUUUCAGCUGGGUUUUUCUUUUCGGAAGAAGAGGACAAAACUUAAUCUCAAGCUGAUCAUGCUUCAUUAGGGCUUUAAUUUCUCUAAGCUCCUUAGGAGGGAGGGAUACAAGGAUGCGGUGACCGAGGCAAAAGGGAGAGGCAGACUUUGUCCUUUCUGCAACCAGCUGGGGAGAUCAAAAUCCAUUCCAACUGCACUUUGUACAGAUAGGAAGAAAGCGUAAAGGUCUGAUUUUUAACACUAGUGAUGGUUCUGCAGGGAAGCCUGCACGGAUACCAUGAAGGGGAGUGUGUGUGUGUGUGU